AUGAUACAAAUAAUAAUUAUUCUCAGAAAAACAACAUUGAAAUAAAAGUUAAACCUUCCCUCAUGGAAGAUCUAAUUGCACACCCAACUAAACCCUCCAAAACAACCAAUAUCAACACAGAAUAUAAGAGAAAGGAUAAGUCAUUGCCUAAUAAAAGUGAAGUCAAAAAAAAAAUGCUUUCUAUGGAAACUACUUCAACUUCACUAUUUAUUGAAACUGAAAACACAAUGUGCAACAUAGAAAUAGAAUCUUAA